AUGGGUUCGCUGGUGGCCAAGCUCCUUCUGCCCACCCUCAGCUCCUUGGUCUUCCUCCCCACCAUCAGCAUAGCAGCCAAGCGGCGUUUCCACAUGGAAGCCAUGGUUUACUUCUUCACCAUGUUCUUCGUGGCGUUUUACCACGUUUGUGACGGCCCCGGGUUAUCAGUGCUGUGCUUUAUGCGCUACGACAUCCUGGAGUACUUCAGCAUCUAUGGAACAGCCCUGUCCAUCUGGGUGUCCCUGAUGGCCCUGGCAGAGUUUGAUGAGCCCAAGAGAUCGACCUUCAUCAUGUUUGGUGUCCUCACCAUCGCUGUGAGGAUCUACCACGACCGCUGGGGCUACGGUGUCUACUCGGGCCCUAUCGGGACGGCCGUGCUGGUGAUCACAGUCAAAUGGCUGCAGAAGAUGAAGGAGAAGAAAGGGCUCUAUCCUGACAAGAGUGUCUACACGCAGCAGAUUGGUCCUGGCUUCUGUUUUGGGGCGCUGGCACUGAUGCUGAGGUUCUUCUUUGAGGAGUGGGAUUACACCUACGUGCACAGCUUCUACCACUGUGCCUUGGCCAUGGCCCUCGUGCUGCUGCUGCCCAAGGAGAACAAGAAGGCUGGGAGCGCCGGGACCCCCGCCAGGCUGGACUGCUCCACGCUCUGCUGCUGCGUCUGA